GCAACCAGGGUCCGCGCUUUGCGCUUAUGGAAAGGUGUCCCAUCCACGAAACUACAUCACCAACUGCGCGACAACUCUAGCCAAGGCACAAUCACAACCUCAACAUGUCUGCAACCCAGAAGAUCGCAGUCCACUCCCUUGCCGACCUCAAGAACACGACCGAUGACGCGCUCCCCAACUACCUCAACAGCCUCAAAUUCAAGCAAAUCCACACGCAGACCGAUGUGCGGUUAGUCCUCGGCUACACAGCCGUCACCAUCGCCGGCGCCCUUUUCUACUACGACUGGAAAUUUGGCUGGGAAGCCAGCAAGCCCUAUCCCCUCCCCGCCGUAGUCGCAUAUUUCCUGUUAAACGGAGCCUUCAGUUAUUGGCUAUGGUUCGUGGAGAGGGGAGUUGUAUAUGAGGGGGAGGGCAAGACAGGGAAGGUGAGGAUAUCCUCGUCGACAAAGAAGCACAUCCCCAUCUACGAAUGCGACGUUGUCUUUACACCCGCCCCCUACAACUCCAAUCCCAAGCAAACGAUCCACAUCCGCGCGCCCAUGACCCGGUGGUUCACCUCGGAUGGCUACUUUGUCGCAAAGCCCUUCCAGCAAUGGCUCGCUUCUGAAGUGCCUGUUGUUGGUGCUGCGGACCCUAAUAACGUGGUUGAGGAAAUUGGUCGGGGAAGUGCGGGCAUGGACCAGACCAUGAACCUGAACAGCUCCAAUGCCGUGGAUAUCCUGCAACAGCUCAAGGCGAGCGGUGCCAAGUUUGCGAGUGGGGAUGCGCAGAGGAGGAGAUAGAGCGUCAUACACUUGUGGGAUACAAGGUCAGCAUGAGAUCCAGACCGAGGCGUUCAGGUGUCUACGGCUUGACAUUGGCCAUAUUGCACUCGCGGGAUAGCAAAAGCAUCACAAUGGUUUAGUGAGGGGGGGACACCAAAGAUCUUUACUUGAUACGAUUGCUGUUUCCACUAUUUAGGAAUACUAUGCGAUGGCUAGGUUGUACUAAACGCCAACAAAUGCUGAAGAAAUGACCUCUGGAUCAUCAUCCUCAUAUCCAAUCUGGUCCUGCUACAUGAUCCAAUUUAAGACAUCUCCUGCUCAAGCAUGGGCAAUACCUCCAAUUCUCUCUGAAUAAUCCUCUCAAACUCUUCCCUGUCUAUGCCCGAUGCCCUCGCUAAUCGGAAUAGGCUCUUGAUGUCAGUG